AUGCGCAUUCGCGAGCCCCGAACUACAGCGUUGAUUUUCUCCUCGGGCAAAAUGGUCUGCACUGGUGCGAAAAGUGAAGACCAAGCGCGACUGGCUGCCCGAAAGUAUGCACGUAUUAUUCAGAAACUCGGAUUCCAGGCCCAUUUCAAAGAGUUCAAGAUUCAGAACAUGGUUGGUUCGUGUGACGUGCGCUUCCAUAUCCGAUUGGAAGGCCUGGUUUUGGCACAAGGCCAAUUUGCUACUUAUGAACCCGAAUUGUUUCCUGGUUUGAUUUAUCGUAUGGCGAAACCGAAAAUAGUGCUGCUCAUCUUCGUCUCUGGCAAAAUUGUUUUAACAGGAGCCAAAGUACGGGAAGAAAUCUACGAAGCUUUCAACAAUAUCUAUCCAAUCUUGAAGAAUUUUAAGAAACCGGAUAAGGAUAUUAAAUCAAUUCCAAGUUCAUACUACGCCCAGUCCACGUGA